GUUUUGUAACCUUAUUGUAGUUGUCACAUCCAAAUAUUAUGUCAUUGUGAAUAGGGAAAUAUUUAAUAUAUUGAUAAAAAAUGGCAGGGUCAGCAUUGAGAAGAUUGAUGGCAGAAUACAAACAACUUACUAUCAAUCCUCCUGAAGGUAUAAUUGCUGGACCAGUCAAUGAAGAAAAUUUUUUUGAAUGGGAGGCUCUAAUAACCGGACCUGAAGGAACCUGUUUUGAGGGUGGAAUUUUCCCAACAAAAUUAGUUUUCCCUCCUGACUAUCCUUUGAGCCCUCCAAAGAUGCAGUUUAUGUGUGAGAUGUUCCAUCCUAACAUUUAUGCUGAUGGGCGUGUUUGUAUUUCAAUAUUACAUGCUCCAGGAGAUGAUCCAAUGGGCUAUGAAUCUAGUGCAGAAAGAUGGAGUCCUGUACAGAGUGUAGAAAAGAUAUUGCUGUCUGUUGUCAGCAUGUUAGCAGAACCAAAUGAUGAAAGUGGUGCAAAUGUUGAUGCUGCCAAAAUGUGGCGUGAAAAUAGAGAAGAGUUCAACAAAAUUGCUGAAAGAAUAGUUCGAAAAACCCUUGGGAUUCCUGCUGUAACACAAGUAUAAAUAAGUUGUCGAAAAUAUUUUAAUAUAUUUGUUCUUAAUCCAUUGUGAAGAGAACCUUGGUUUUGAGGGAAUGGUAUUCGAACAAUGAUGAAAUGGUUGAUUAUUUAUUAUUUUAAAAUUUAUAUAAAAUAUAAUUUAAUAUAUAAAAUAAAAUUUGUAUAUAUUAAUAAGAUUAUAUUUAUAUACAAUACAAUCGUAUUAAUAUAUAAAUCAU